AUGAAGAUGCAGCACUCCCUGGGAAUCAUAUCGGAUAGAGCUUGGUCCAAACCUGGUAAUACCAGCAUAGCAAUAUUGUGCAGAGACUGGUAUAAGCCUGGCAAUACCAAGUCUUGGAUAGCAGUCUCGGGCAGAGAGUGGUAUAAGCUUGACAACACCAAGUCUUGGAUACCAGUAUUGGUUACCAGUCUUGGGGAUGAGACUUGUAUAAGCCUGACGAUACCAAGUCUUGAGUACCAGUCUUGGGCAGAGAUUGGUUCAAUCCCGGUAUCCGGUAGCUGGGACGCAAGGCUGGGCAAGGCCGAUAUAUCAACUAGACUAAGCCAGGACCCAGGUAGGUGUACCAAGGCUGGGGAUUAUUGCCUGCAAAAAGAAUGUUCUGGUUAUUUCUCGAUCGAUUCUGUAGCUCAUUUAGAUAAUGAGCAUACACUGAAACUUCUUGUGGAACAGCAAAGGGGUAUCGUCGGACCGCUACUCGUUCGGCAAGAACAGACUUGGAGUAAUUUUUGGGGAGCUAUCGCUGAUAAUGGAUAUUAUGCAAGAAGCGCUGAUUAUAUGGAAAUUAUUCAGAAUAAGAGAAAGGGUUUAUGGAAUGUUCCAUAUAUCACGCAUUGCUACCUUAUAAACGUGACACUGCUCAACAAUUUCGAAACUCGUCCAGUCUACACCAUCGAUGGAACGGAACCGGAUAUGGCAUUUGCCAUAACUAAUCGCUAUCGAGAUAUCUUCAUGUACGUCAACAACCGCCUCGAAUUCGGUCAUCUAAUCAAUCCAGAGACUUACGACCUGAGACGUACGAAUCCAGACAUAUAUGAGAUUUCCAGUAAUAAAUUGGAUUGGCAAAAGAGAUAUAUCCAUGAUAAUUAUAAUGAUAACUUCAACGUUGAUCAUAAACCUAUUCAGCCGUGCCCAGAUGUUUUUUGGUUUCCUAUUGUCAAUCUCCGAUUCUGUCGAGAAUUCAUUGAAAUUAUGGAAACCUAUGGACAAUGGUCGGAUGGAUCCAAUCAAGAUUUCAGAUUGCAAGGGGGAUAUGAAAAUGUGCCCACCCGCGAUAUCCAUAUGAACCAGGUGGACUAUGAGCGACAAUGGUUGUAUUUUCUCAAGGAGUACGUCAGGCCGCUGCAAGAGCUCGUCUUUAUCGGCUAUUUUCACGAUCCUCCAAGAUCUUUAAUGAAUUUCGUCGUCCGAUACAAGCCUGAAGAGCAGCCAGCUCUUCGUCCUCAUCAUGAUUCAUCAACGUACACAAUUAAUAUUGCCCUCAAUCAAGUUGGCGUCGAUUAUGAAGGAGGCGGCUGCCGUUUUCUCAGAUAUAAUUGCUCAGUCACUGACACCAAACCUGGUUGGAUGUUGAUGCAUCCAGGUAGAUUAACACAUUAUCAUGAGGGACUGCGAGUAGUGAAAGGAACUCGAUAUAUUAUGAUUUCAUUUAUUGACCCUUAAAUAUUCAUAAUACUAGUAAUAACUACUAAAAAUUAGUCUAAUGUUUAGGUUUGAUCACAGAAAUAUUCUCGAUAGAUAUACGCCUCGAUUUCUUCAUUAUAUAAAAUCUUGAUAAAUGCCUAGUCAGCUCCACCACAAAUAAUUCAUCCGAGAGAUUUGAAUUUCUCUGCUUCAUUCAGGUUAACCCUCCAUCAUUGCAGAGAGUCAAUUAGUCGGUAUUGGUGUAGGCCAAUAAAUAUAGGAAUAAUAAUAUAAUCGCGAAGUAACCUUGGGCGGGUCCGCCAGUAGCUGUGAAAAUACCUCAACAGCUGCUGUUGUGGUUAACACGGCGAGUGAGUGAGAUUAUAUACAAUAAAUUGAAUAGCUACACGAUGGUACCGUAGAUAUAGAUAUUGGUUAUGUUCAGUCACUGGUGGUAUGUGGUGAAAUGAGGGGCUUACGUACAAUAUUGGUAAUUGUGGGAUCUAUUUAGCACUACUCACAUUCAUCCAUCUCUUUGUGUAUCGAUUGUCUGAGUGCAUUAACAUGUAUUAUCUUUGGGGCCGACAAUACCGCCACGUCCCCAUUGUAGGCCUGGCUAACUGGAAAAGUGGAUUGACAAUUAUAUCUCCCAACCUAAUUGCUACCACUAACAAAGUUCUUCAAGACCAUAAAUGAUGAAAACCUAUACAUAGCACUAUAGCAAAUGUAAAAUGGUUUGAUGGGGCUAACCUAGGCAUUUAUCGAAAUCGUUCAUCCAAACUAUCACUCCAUGUACUCAAUUUACGCCAAAUUGGAAUAAGUUUAAAGUAUCUUGUAUCACUGAACGUACAACACUUUAUUAACAAAAAGAAAUAGUUGUUUUUUUUU